GCAGCCGGCGGAAUCCCCGGCUUUCUGGGGCUGCGAGUAGCUGGGUCGGGUGCUGAGCGCGCGGGGCGGGAAGGAGCGUCGCGCAGCCCCUCCGCGUCGGGUCUGUCUGACCGCAGCUCCCCGGGCCGUCCCUCCGGUACCUAGCCCGCCAGCAUCCUGGCCGUGGGUAGCUGCGGGGCGCGCGGCGCCGGGCCGCUGGGUGGCAGCGGCAUGAAGGUCACGUCGCUCGACGGGCGCCAGCUGCGCAAGAUGCUCCGCAAGGAGGCGGCGGCGCGCUGUGUGGUGCUGGACUGCCGUCCCUACCUGGCUUUCGCCGCGUCCAGCGUGCGCGGCUCGCUCAACGUCAACCUCAACUCGGUGGUGCUGCGGCGGGCCCGGGGCGGCGCGGUGUCGCCGCGCUACGUGCUCCCCGACGAGGCGGCGCGCUCGCGGCUGCUGCAGGAGGGCGGCGGCGGCGUGGCGGCGGUGGUUGUGUUGGACCAGGGCAGCCGCCACUGGCAGAAGCUGCGGGAAGAGAGCGCCGCGCGCGUCGUGCUGACCUCGCUUCUGGCCUGCCUGCCUGCCGGCCCGCGGGUCUACUUCCUCAAAGGGGGAUAUGAGACCUUCUACUCACAGUAUCCGGAGUGUUGUGUGGAUGUAAAGCCCAUUCCACAAGAGAAGAUUGAAAGCGAGAGAGCCCUCCUCAGCCAGUGUGGAAAGCCAGUGCUCAGUGUCAGCUACAGGCCAGCUUAUGACCAGGGUGGCCCAGUUGAAAUUCUUCCCUUCCUCUACCUUGGAAGUGCCUACCAUGCAUCAAAGUGCGAGUUCCUUGCCAACCUGCACAUCACAGCCCUGCUGAAUGUUUCCCGGCGGACCUCUGAGACCUGCAUGACCCACCUACACUACAAAUGGAUCCCUGUGGAAGACAGCCACACAGCUGACAUUAGCUCCCAUUUUCAAGAAGCAAUAGACUUCAUUGACUGUGUCAGGGAGAAGGGAGGCAAGGUCCUGGUCCACUGUGAGGCUGGGGUCUCCCGGUCGCCCACCAUCUGCAUGGCUUACCUCAUGAAGACCAAGCAGUUCCACCUGAAGGAGGCCUUUGAUUAUGUCAAGCAGAGGAGGAGCAUGAUCUCUCCCAACUUUGGCUUCAUGGGCCAGCUACUUCAGUAUGAAUCUGAGAUCCUGCCUUCCACGCCCACCCCUCAGCCUCCCUCCUGCCAAGGCGAGGCAGCCAGCUCCUCAUUUAUAGACCAUUUACAGACACUGAGCCCUGAUAUGCAGGGUGCCUACUGCACAUUCCCUACCUCGGUGCUGGCACCAGUGCCCACCCACUCAACAGUUGCAGAGCUCCAUAGGAGCCCUGUGGCCACAGCCACAUCCUGCUGAGACUGAGACAGGGUAUCAAGACAGCCCCAAGGGCAACUGUGAUUUGGUUUUUUAAACUUGUGGACAUUUCAUACCUGUGCAAUACUGAAGACCUCUCUCUGUCCCACUGCUCCAGUGAGAUGGUAAGUGGUCACCAGGCUUGCAGAUGAAUUUCAAACUGACCUCGACGAUGGGUUCUCGGGACUGUGGGAAGGCCAAGCCAUGACCCUCACACAGGGUGUGUUGACUACUGUACUUCCAGACCCCCUGCCCGUUGAGGACUGCUUAGUCCUUGCACCUCAAAAGUUCGCCUUUUCAUUUCAAGCGUAAGGCAAUAAAUACCCACAACAACAUGGGAGUGAGAAGCUGCUGGACCAGGAGAAAAGGCUGUGAUGAAGCCAGUUCAUUUAGGAGGAAGCACAAUUUCCAUUCUUUAUUUUUUGAACAUUAGCCAACUUUUUGUCUGUCUCUCUGUUGCUUCAGGGCAUAAGCUGAUCACCCAGUCAGAAAAGUAACCCUGCUAGAUUUGCUAGGACACAAAGUAUAUGCCAGUCUGAACCCGGAAGUGGUUUGAGAUUGGGGGUUAUUGGUUGAAAAAGCAAGGUGUUGACUCUUUGGGGUUUCCUUUUCGCUGGGGUUCUUCUCUGACCUUGGACUUUGGCAUGGGUUUUAUUCAUACUUGAACCUGUCUCCUUACACCUCUCUUCAGAUUGAGUACCUUUGGUGUCAUUCAAAAACAGUGUUCAGACGCUAGACCAAAAAUCACCCCUUUGAGGUGGUGGCAGUGAGUGCUCAGACAAGGGGGACGUGCACUGUGUUCAGGGUCCCUGGCAUCUGAACAGUCCUCAGCUUAGUGUCCUUUUGUGUGCUUAUUUGUUUUCCUCCCUGCCCCUGGGGGUUGUCUUCUGGGAUUUGCAUAUUUUGCAAUGUGGUACUACUUCUGUUUAUAGGUU